AUGUCGCACCAAGCCCACGCGUCCGAUCCAUCCUGGCCACCUGGAACGGUUCAGCUUGAAGAGCUUCCACAAGAUGGUCGAACGACUGAUAUCAUUUUGCAGCCCGUGCCUAGCCAUGAUCCUAACGACCCCCUGAAUUGGCCAACAUGGCGUAAACAUUUGAAUUUCGGCUUAGUCUCCUACUAUGUCAUAAUGGUUUUCGCAAUAAUCGAUGUGGCCACUGUCACCUGGGGCCCACUAAAUGAGGAACUUGGUUUCAGCUUUGAACUCCUAAAUGAUAGCUACGCCGCAGGGUGCGGAUCCCUUUGUAUUGGCGGCGUUAUUCUGAUACCCUUCGCUCUCAAGUACGGUCGCCGACCUGUCUAUGUGUUCAGCACUAUCGCUCAAUGUGUCUUCUGUGUUUGGCAAGCGAAAAUGCACACUGUCGCUGAUCUUAUGUCGGCCAAUAUACUGAGCUCUUUGGUUGGGGCUCUCGCAGAAGUGCUCGUGCAAAUGACGGUGGCUGAUGUCUACUUUGUUCAUCAACGCGGACUUAUGAACAGUAUUUAUGUCUGGUUUAUGACGGUCGGGGCUACGCUGUCCCCACUGGCAGGUGGGUAUAUUGUUACCUCGCAAGGCUGGCGCUGGGUCUGGUGGUGGAUGGUUAUUCUGAUGGGUGCCGGUCUUGUUGCCUUUAUCUUCCUUUACGAGGAAACGAAAUUCUCUCUGACCCUUGAGGGUGUUCCACCCGUUGUUGCUCCCACUCAAUUAAAUUCAUCUCCCGAAGGUGAGGACAAGAAGUCUCCGACCGACCCGGAAAUCGAGGCCAACAUAACACAUAAAGAAAGAGAGAUUCAAAGGUCUCAUGCGACUCACUGGAUCGAUCAUUCAAUCCCAACGAAGCCAUACUGGAAAAAGCUCGCCUUAUGGUCAAUAUCCUCGGGGUCAUUUGCCAGCAUGGCCCGACACAGCAUUGAGCCUUUUAUUCUUCUCUUUACUGUUCCCGCCAUUUUUUUCAUGUCCGUCGUUUACGGGGCCAUGACAGCCGCCGUCACUGUCUCGGUGACUACUCUCUCCUCGUACAUGACCCAGCCACCUUACAAUUUCAACGCCUCGCAAAUAGGCCUCAUGGGGCUUCCUCCCUUCAUUGGUACCAGCAUUGCAGUUCUGAUAUCCGGGCGACUCAGCGAUUCGCUUGUGUUAUAUCUAGCGAAAAGAAACCGAGGCGUUUUCGAGCCCGAAAUGAGACUCUGGAUUGCAGUUGCGUUCAUACCAUUCGUGCCGGCCGGUCUCUUCAUGUUCGGCAUUGGACUCAACAACGGAUCCCCUUGGCCGCUGGUGGCCGUUGGAUUGGGCAUCGCCAUCUUCGGAACUAUUCCGGCUAACAGCGUCGCCUUGACGUAUCUGACAGAUGCAUAUACAGAUGUAAUCGCCGACUCUCUCGUCGGAGUCACCUUCAUCCGCAACCUCAUCUCGACGAUCUUCGUCUUCGCUCUGACACCGUGGAUCGCGAGUGUCGGGCUGACGGGCUUUUACAUAACCUUCGGCCUUAUCCUCACCGUAAUCCUGUCGGGAAAUCUGGUCUUCAUCUACUUUGGAAAGAGAUUCCGGGUGAUGACGGCGAAGAGAUAUCGAUACUAUGCCGAACGCCAGAUGGAUCUCAGGAAUUGA